AGGGGGAUGCUUCUUUUUAUCUCUCCCUGUGACAGUUUAACUGUCUCCUUUCGCUCUCUCAAAGUCUCCUAAAACCCCUAAACCCCUAAAACCCUUUUGCGUUUUAAGCAAGCAGUAGCUCAGUGCCGCUCUCACCGUUUGCCAUGGCCACCGUUUCCCCGCCUGUGGAUCAAGCUGCAGAUUUGCUGCAGAAUUUGUCAUUAGAUUCUCAGACCAAAGGACCUGAUGAUAUUCCUGACCCUGCCAAGAAGCCUAAUAUUGUGACUGCAAAAAGCAAGUCAUACGUUCGGUCGAAGACCCCAUUGCGACAGGAUUUUAUGGAUCCAGCUAUGUGCUAUAUCCCUAAUGGUUACACAUCUUCUGCCUAUUAUUAUGGAGCCUAUGGUGGGACUGGAAAUGAGUGGGGCGGCAUUUCAAGUUAUUUAAAUCCAAAUGGAAGCGACAUGAAUUCUGCUGUCUAUGGGGAUAAUGGGUCAUUUUUGUAUCAUCAUGGUUAUGGUUAUGCACCCUACAGCACGUAUUCAACAUCAGGGUCUUCAGUUCCAACUGUGGGAGGUGAUGGUCAGCUAUAUGGACCUCAGCAGUACCAAUAUCCUCCCUAUUUUAAGAAGCUGACCCCUAACAGUAAAACACACACCCCUAAUUCAGCUGUUCCUUUCAAGGGGGGUGUUUCCACCUCUAAAGAUGCUGGCCACAAGCCCUCAACUGUAGGAAUAGCUAAAGGUAUUUCUAAUGGUGUUCUGACCAGUGUGGGUAUGAAGGAAUAUAAUCCUUCAGAUUUCGCAAAACCAACUUAUCAAAACUCAUCACUGAAUGUAAAGGGUUCCUUCAGUGAAUACCAUGAUGCAAUAUAUGGUUUUGAUGGUUUGGUAUCUCCUAUCCCAUGGUUAGAAGGGGCAAAUGGGCAGGGUAGGGCAGUGACUGGAAGUAUAGUCAACAGAACUCCAUAUUCCAAGAAUCAGAUUUCCAGAUCAAAUUCUGAAUUCAUGGGUUUGCACCACAUGAGGUUGGGGUAUGGUAUGGACACAGCUAAUGGACUUGUGAAUGGGAUGUAUACUAAUGGAUUAUAUGGUCAUUAUUGGAACCCAAAUAGACUUGGUAUGGGAUAUGGAUCUAAUGGUUUUGGUAUGCAAAGAAAUGGAUGUGGGUGGAUGGCUUUUCAAAACAAGUAUAAAUACAGGGGGCGAGGCAGUUCCUUCCGCUAUGGUAACCAGGACAUAGAAGGCUUGGAUGAGUUGAACAAGGGACCUAGAGGUAAAAGUUAUAAAAAUCAAAAAGGAUAUUCACCUGUUACUGUAGCAGUUAAGGGGUGCAACAUGCCGUUGAAUAAAACUGAUGAUGAGAAGGAUGCACUUAGCAUGAUUCCAGAGUGUGAGCAGUACAUUGGAGCAGAUAUCCAUGAUCAUUAUGCUGAUGCUAAGUUCUUCAUUAUUAAGUCAUAUAGUGAGGAUGAUGUUCAUAAGAGUGUCAAGUAUAAUGUUUGGGCCAGCACACCAAAUGGAAACAAUAAGCUUAAUGCAGCAUACCAGGAGGCUCAGGAAAAAUCAGGUGGCUGCCCUGUAUUUCUGUUCUUCUCGGUGAGCAUCUUUAUGCCCAUAUUAAGCCUGUCAUUUCAUUCACUGCUUUCCUUGGCUUAG